UGAUAAGGAUAAAGGCUAAUUGGGCAAUCAAGCGUGGCCGCUCAGUGCAUUUCCCCGCGGGCGCUCGGAGCGAUGGCGCGUUUUCUGGUGGCCUGGAGUGUUCUGGCGGUCGGCUUGACGACGGCGAUUUUGGACUCGGACGCCAACGACCGCCUGGGUCGGAUCCGCAACGCGCCGAUGCCGGGCACGCUGAGCAGCGUGGGCGACGUGGAGAGCUCGCCGCCCAUCUACCGGCCCGGCAGCCAGGCCUACGUGGUGUCGCAGUUCGUCAAGCCCAAGCCGCCGCACCAGUACUGGGAGGAGGAGACGUCGCUCACCAUGGUGCCCGAGAACAAGAACUGCCUGCUGUGCGAGACCAUCGACACGGGCGCGUGCCGCUCCAUGCCCUCCUGCGUCUACUGCGAGCCCACCGUCACGGCGCUGUGCGAGCGCUCCACGCCCUGCCUCCGAUGCACAGUGAUCAAGAACCCGUUCUUCAAGUGCAUCCCGGGCGAGAAGUACAUGGACGAGUGCGACUCCUGCCGCUGCAUCGACGGCCACUCGGGCUGGUGCACCAACCAGUUCUGCGAGUUCCGCGCGCUGCACAUCUACGCGGCCCGCCUCUCCGACGGCGAGUAUUAUUAGCAACAAUAAACUAUUCUUUGUCUACA